AUGAGUUAUUCUAUAAUGUAAAUACUGAGUUUGUUCUAAGAGAAUGAAGAUCAUAAUGUUCAAAAUAUAGGUUGUCCAAGUGAUUCAGAACCUAAGACUCCUGCUUUUAAAGAUGAAAAAGAAUAACUUAUUAGGCAAAUCAAUGAAGUUAAACAAUAAAACUAAAUUCUUUAAAAUGAAUAUUAAAAGUAAAUUAUGAGUUUAAGUGAAAAACUAGGUAAAAUUUAGUAUUAUUUUAGCUUAAACCUAAACUAUAUCUAUUAAAAUAGAGAAAUAUAAAGAGUAAUUGAAAAAUGAGUUAAAUUAAAGUUAACAUCUAACUAAAUAAUAUUUGUAAAAGCAUGAAGUUUGUUUCGAUUUGAAAUAAAGAAUAUUACAGUAAAAGAAAUCAAACAAGAUCAUUUAUGAAGAUGUUGGAAAAAGAAUAACAACUUGUCCAAGCGAAACAUCAACUGUGUAAAGUCCUUCAUUUGUUAUACCCUCAUCACCAAAACCUAUAAGACUCUGUUAUAGUUCAUUCAAUCAAAAUUUUUGA